AUGGCAUGUCAACGACCUCUCCUGCUCUUGCUCUUUGUCGUGCUAAUAGUCGGCACCCACCUGUCGAGAGCUCAGCACUGGUCCCACGGCUGGUAUCCCGGAGGGAAAAGAGAACUAGAUUUGUCACAGACUCCAGAGGCUUCAGAAGAAAUCAAACUCUGUGAUGGGGAAGAGUGUGCUUAUCUGAGAAGUCCAAAGAAAACCAUUGUGAACACUCUGCUGGCUGACCUGCUGGCGAGACAACUACAGAAGAAGAAGUGA